AAAGAGCCGGAUUAAAGAAUCGACUCUUUCGUAAACGACGCAUUGCUAUGGGUAACCAGGGGAUCACUAAACAGCAGUGAAACGUCUUAGCAUCUCAGCUAGCUGUUUUAGCGUAACAAUGCACCUUUAAUAUAACUAAAAAGUUUCGUCCAGUGCUAUUCAAUGAUUUAAUUGGGAAAGAGUAAAUUUUUUUCCUGCUAGUCAGCCAGCUAGCUUAACGCAAGGGAUAACAAACCAGCUAGCAUUAGUGAUGUUACCUAACUAGCGUUGUCUCUCUAGCUAGCUAAUAGCUCAUUACCUGUAGUUAUUAUAAUAAUUUUUUUUAACUAUUUUGAAGUUUUGUUAAAUGUGGUAAAAUGUUCACGGAUGAAUCUCUGGAUGUUGUCGGUUUUCAAUCAUCGUGGAAAAAGUCUCAUCAACAGACCCAGGAUUCGAAAACAUGUCAGACUGUUCCAGUUCACACAGCCGAGGCUGAGGCGCAGGUGACAAGUGUGUUAACUAACAGCACACAGACCGAUCCUUCAGAGAGCCUCACUGAUCAGCUUACAAUCCACUUGGACCUGUCAGAUGAUUCGCCCGGGCUGAGGGAUUUCCUGCAGCGCGUGGAGGACCUGGUCAUCCAGGAGCUGGUGAAGAACUCAAAGAGCCACGCGUUUGAUGGAUAUGAAGUGAACUGGACUGAUCAGCAUGAGACGGUCUCAUGUUUGUUCAGUCUCGGGUACUGUGAGGCUCAGGACAGGGGACUUCAGGUGACCAGCGUGUCUUGGAACUGCACCGGUUCUGUUAUAGCGUGUGCUUUUGGACGUGUUGAUGAUGGUGACUGGAGCACUGAGAGGUCAUACGUGUGCACGUGGAAUCUGGACCGCAGAAGAGUGAACCCCAAACAGCCUGACAUGGUCAUAGAGACAUCAACAGCCGUCAUGUGUGUGUCUUUCCAUCCACUGCGUCCGUCUCUGAUCGCAGGAGGGCUGUACAGUGGAGAAGUGAUGGUGUGGGAUACAAGUCGCACUCAGGAUCCUGUGUUGGCUCAAACAGGGAUGUGUUCAGAUACACACAAAGAGCCAGUUUAUGAGGUGAAGUGGGUCCCAGGGCCUCGUCGAGGAGAGAUGUUGGUUGUAAGUGCGUGUUCAGGAGGUCGAGUCCUGCGAUGGAGUGUAGAUGGAGCAGAAGGUAAACUGAACCUAACUGCUGGAUUUGCUCUCAUCAGGCAGCAGCUCCCUCUGAGCCAAUCAGCAAACAGGGUGAGAGGUGACACAGCUAUAGGUGUGACCUCUCUUGCACUCUCACCUUGGGAUACAGACAUGUUCCUGGUGGGAACUGAGGGGGGUCUGGUGCUCAAGUGUUCCUUCAGCAGUCAGACAGUUGCAUCAGUGUCCCCUGGUGGUGAGAGGGUGACACUACAUGCUCCUGCACAGUUUUCCUUCGCACCACGAGCUGGUCCCAUCCAGUCGCUCCAUUUCUCCCCCUUCCACAGGAACCUGUUUGUGAGUGUGGGGACAGACGGUUUGGCGCAUGUGCACAGUGUCCUGCAGCCUGCACCUCUGCUAUCUCUGCGUGUUUCUGACUCGUAUGUGUUUGGAGUUCGGUGGUCACCCGUUCGGCCACUUGUGUUUGUUGCAGUCACUGGGCAAGGUGUGUUGCAAGUGUUUGAUUUGGGGCAGAAGUGUCUCAGACCAGUUGCCACCAUCGAGCAGGACACUGGGGGUCAGUGUGCUCUGUGUGUGGAGUUUAACCAGCAGCAGCUCCUGGCUGUUGGCAAUGCAGACGGUACAGUGAACAUCUGGCAGCUGAGUGCUGACUUCACAGACCAGCGGCCCAGAGAGAGCGCCAUCCUGCAACAGCUCGCAGACGACGUACCCGAGUGAUCCACAAAGGCUGCAGGGCGGCGUCUCGAAUAGAGAACUCUGAUCAUGUGGGAGAACUCAGGAGAAAGAAAUCCUCCUAUUAUCCUGAACAUUAUUCUGCCAUGAAAUGUUCACAGUUGCUUUUUUUACUAGGUAAAAAGAACAAUUCUACCCUUAUUAUUAGCAUGUUAGACAUUAGCACAUAUGCACUUAUCCCAGAUGGUGUGAUUUCAUGUUGUAAUUAUUGACCAAGUAACUCAUUAGAUUAUUUUUUUUUUUUGUGCUUAGCAGUCAGCUUAUGUAGCAUACAGGCUUAAUCCGUCUUAGAAACUAUUCAUACAGGCAACUAUGCUCAUUUAUUGUUUAUUUAAAAUCAGCAUAAUUUUUUAGCCAUGGGAUAAAUAAAAAAGCUAAUGAUUUGCUAUUUUAGAUUUGGACAAUUUAAGCUCAUUAUUAUUAUUAUUAUUAUUAUUAUUAUUAUUAUUAUUAUCAUUAUCUAGCCAGCAUUAUACUGUUAGGUCACAAAGCUGUUAAGUACAGUUGUACAACGUCAUGUAAAUGUUUGUGAUUAGAAGAUUAGCUGUGGUGAAAUUAAAACCAAGCAAUUAUUGUA